GAAGUGAGAAGCGCACCUCCUUGUGCAAGGCUGUGUCUCAGGGACAGGGAGGCUCACUGUUACGAGAUGGCUGGGCAGGCAGACAAGGAUGUGAAGUACUACACGCUGGAGGAGAUUCAGAAGCACAAAGACAGCAAGAGCACCUGGGUGAUCCUGCACCACAAGGUGUACGAUCUGACCAAGUUUCUGGAAGAGCAUCCUGGUGGAGAAGAAGUACUAAGGGAACAGGCCGGGGGUGACGCUACUGAGAACUUUGAGGACGUCGGGCACUCUACUGACGCUCGAGAACUGUCCAAAACCUACAUCAUCGGGGAGCUCCAUCCCGAUGACAGAUCAAAGAUAGCCAAGCCUGUGGAAACUCUUAUCACUACUGUGGAUUCUAAUUCCAGUUGGUGGACCAACUGGGUGAUCCCGGCCAUCUCAGCCCUGGCUGUAGCCCUGAUGUAUCGCCUCUACAUGGCAGAAGAGUAACUUGCCUCUCCACGCCAAGGAUGGGAAAGACUGCCCCGGAGAAGGGAGAAAAGAAGCCAGUGUUAAUCACUUUCACUGACAGGAACCUUCCCCUGAGAAAGUAAUUGUAAUAUAUCCGUUUCCCCUUCCUUCUGUGUUAGUUAACAAAUAAGGAACCCUUUGUACUCUUAGACUUUUCAAAUGUGCCUUUUUACCCAUCAACUUCAUUUUGAUGUUUCUUCACUACGUAAUUUACUUAUUGUAAGCACGAUCUUUUUAAAUAUAUCUGGCUUUUAAAGUAUA